AUGGAGCUGAAGAAGGACGACAACGCUGUGUCCAUCGACAUGCUGCUGAUCGUGCACUCGGAGAAGCGGCGCGCCGCGCAGGGCGCGCACCCGGACCGGCAGGCGGACCCGGGCGCGCCGCCGCAGCGCAGAGGAGGACUCCAAGUCGUCGGAAAUGGAAUCCGGAGAUGGCAGAAAUUGGAAGGCAGUGACCUGCAUGGAAACCUGGUGGAGAAACAGCACCCCCAGCAGACCCAGGUUAUCACGUCCUACGACAGCCAAGGGACACAGCUGACUGUGGAGGUCCACCCUCGAGACGCCAUGCCCCAGCUGCUCAAGAAGUUCUCCUUGGCUAAACGUUUACAAGGUGAUAAAAAUGGAAACACAAGACCCCGGCAGCCUGGAGGGAAAGACGCCCACGCCUACCCCUGGGAUCGGUCCAGCCUGAAAUCCAUGCCCCUGGAUCUGCGGCAGUUUGAGAAACUGGACACCUAUGCCUCACAGGUGACGGUCAAGAGUGGCCUGGACGAGCUGGUGAGUGACCUGCUCCAGGAGGCCCACAGUGACCUGGAGAGGGUCCGCGCCAUCUGGAUCUGGAUCUGCCACCACAUAGAGUACGACAUCGAGGCUGCCCAGGAGAAGGACCGCCAAGCCUUCAAACCCACCACCAUCCUGCAGACCCAGAAGACCAACUGUGAUGGCUAUGCUGGGCUCUUCGAGAAAAUGUGCAGGAUCGCCGGUGUGCAGUGCAUGACCGUGCCUGGCUACUCCAAGGGCUUUGGCUACCAGCCGGGGCAGAGCUUCUCUGGAGAGUUUGACCACGCCUGGAACGCCGUGUACCUGGAGGGGCGAUGGCACCUGGUGGACAGCACCUGGGGCAGCGGCCUGGUGGAUUCCACCACCUCCAAAUUCACCUUCCUCUACAACGAAUUCUACUUCCUCACGCACCCUGCGCUGUUCAUCGAGGACCAUUUCCCAGACAACAAGAACUGGCAGCUGCUAAAGCCUCCACAGUCCCUGAGGCAGUUUGAGAACAACAUGUAUCACAAGAGCGAAUUCUACAACAAGGGGAUGCUCAGCGCCUACCCGGAGACCUCCACCAUCAAAACAGUGAACGGGAAAGCCACGGUCACCAUCGAGAGCUGCGCCCCGACGCUGUUCAUGUUUAUGCUCAACGGUAAGCAGGAGCACGGGCUGCUGAACCUCAGGAAGAACGGGAUGAAGCUGGACGUCUACCCGCCGACCGUGGGCACCCACAAGCUGCAGAUCUUCGCCAAGGGCAACUCGGAGAUCUACAGCUCGGUGCUGGAGUACACGCUCAAGUGCCACUACACCGACAUGGACGUCCCACUGCCUGCGGAGCUGCACCAGCCUGUGGGCCCCAGCUGGUUCUCGGAGCAGAUGGGCAUCGUGAAGCCGUCCCACCUUGAGCCGGUCAUCUACACCAGCGACGGGCGCUGCUCCGUCAGCUUCGGCGUGGAGGAGGGCAUCAGCGUCCUGGCGUCGCUGCACGGGGACGACGGCCCCAUCACCGAGGAGACGCAGCGGCGCUACAUCUUCCAGCUGCACCGGGAGAAGCGGACAGAGCUCAAAGUCCAGCUGCCCCACGCCGGCAAGUUUGCCCUCAAGAUCUUCGUCAAGAAGAGGCAGGAACCAGGCAACUACAUCUUCGUUUUCAAUUACCUCCUGUGCUGCACCAACGCCAAGGUGAACUGGCCCGUGUUCCCCGAGAGCUUCGGCAACUGGGGGCCGGACAACGAGCUGCUGGAGCCCCUGUCGGGCGUGCUUCCUGCCAACCACAACGUCCCGUUCAAACUGAAGCUGCACGGCGUCGCCAAGGCCCUGGUGAAGGGGCAGGACACGUGGCCCCUGACCCUGAACCACGAGGGCUACUGGGAGGGCAGCUGCAGCACGGCCGGCUGCCAGGAAGUCUACGUCAUGGUGCUGGAGAAUGCCAACCACAACUUCUACUCCUACAUCUUGAAAUACAAAGUGAAUGCCCAGUGACGGCCUGGGCCCCACCACCGCCUGCCGGGGCCCUCCGCCAGGCCCGCCUGGGGACGGCCCAGGGGCAGUGCAGAGAGCCCCGGACACCACUGCGUCUGCAUGGAAUCCCGUCUAGGCCUCUGCCUCAGUCUCCCUGCUCCGCCGCCGGAGCAGUGAUGCUUGUGUUCUGAUGGCCGAGGGGACAGAGGCAAAGGCCCUUUAGAAGAAAAAGGUGCUAUGUAAAUCCAAGGUAUUGUAAACUGUACCCCACUGCCCAGAUGCCCCCUUCUCGUGCUGAUACUGCUGUGGUUGCUACAGGGCUGGUGUGGGAAUGCAGGCAUGCUGCCCGGGCCGCGGUGGGGCGAGAGAAGAGGUACGUGCCCUGCGAGGCUGGGUCAUCCUGAAUCCUCGCACCCCCCUCAAGUAGCAUCACAGUGUUUCUCACCAGCUCCCCAACCCCAGGGGGAGGUGGCACUACCAUUUUUACCCCAGACCUGACCACCUUCCGCAUUCCUGCUGCCACUCCUUGCUCUUUGAGGGCUGGGGAGGAGGGUGUGGAGAGGAAGCUAAUUGCCCCUCAAGUGGCUGGAGGCAGAGGGCCUCCACAAUGCCUGUGUGUGCUGGGAAUGUGGCAACAGAAAAGUUAUGGGAGAUACCAAGGCAAAGAGCAGCCAGUGCCCACUCUUGAGUGUCCUGGGUGGGGGCCAGGGGGUUCAGGGACACAUGGCAGUCCUGCCACCUGAGCCUAAGGGCAUGAGACCUCCAACUCUGCUCUCAGAGGGACUGAUUCGGUUCACUCGGCCCCUGCAGGUCCCCCUAGAGCCUGUGCCUCAGGCUGCAGCUGGCACCCAUUACAGGGAGCCUCAUGAGGCUGGGCCCUUGGGGAACCCUGGCCAUCACCCUAACUAAAGACCCAGGCAAGGAGGAGUGCAAAUGCUGCAGUGCCAGGGGGACCCCCAGGAUAACAGGGCCCCGUCAGCCCCCAAGAUCCCUACCACCAAAGCCAUGCCUGCGGAGAUGCCGAUCUGCCCUGGGAGCGAUUUCUGUGCUUGUCCCUAUCCCAUCCCCUCCCUCCCCUUCCUAGACAAGAGAAACCCCCCCAGGACCCCCCUCCUAUAGGGACAGUUCCGAGCCCCUUACUUGCUCUGACCUGAGAAGCUUCGGCUGCCCAGCCAGCCCUUAGCAGCACCUCGGGCCAGCGUUGCUAUGGCAACAGUGGAAAGGCUGUCUCAGUGAGGGCAAUGAGAGGGAAGGAUGGAGGGGCCUUGAGCGGCCAUGUGUGGCCACAGCAGCGCCAUCCCAGCACAUGGAGACACUGGAGGUGGUCCCUACGGCCCUCCUGCUUCUCCAGCUCUACAGCCCCUGCCUUUCAGCACCUUGGCCCCUGAGGGGCAGCACUGCCCAGCACUCUGCCCACACUGCCUACCCUCCAAAUGCCCCUGGGCUCAGUUACAGCCAGGGCCAGCCAGGAUCCUCAGAACCUCCUCAUUUAUUCGUGGAGCACUUAAUAAGCACCACACUGACCCUCCACACUGGGGCUACAGAGGGAAUGGAAGGGCCCUGCCCCACCAUCCCAGAGCUCAAGGUGGGUGGCAGCAGCCACCCCUGCCCACACCUGUCUCAAGUUCCAGUCUUCCAACACUUCAGUCCAUCAUUCCCUGGGGUUCCACCCCCAAAGAUCCCCACUGCCACCCAGCAUGGACCCAGUCCAGAGCAAUGUGAUGGGGUGCCUGUUCUGUACCAGGCUGGGGGCCCUGGAACACAAGGGCAGUACACCUUGGGGGGCUGAGCCGCCCUGGCCUGUGUCCAGCAUCCUCUGGCAGGCUCUGCCACCCAGGCAUUCAGCACCAUGUCACUCACGCCUGGAAAAUGCACAAAGGCCACAGAGGCGGAAUCACUGUGCACCACAACAGGGAAACAAGGGAGGGUUUACACCCUGAAAACAGCCUUUUCUCAUUCUUUUGAUUUUAUAGGCUGAAAGCAACAUGCUGUGUUUCAUCAAAAUAAUAAGUGCCUUCUAUGACUCAUGUCACUCACUGGACCCAGAGCUGGCUGGCUCAUCUAGUCCUGCUGAGAACGACAUGCAUCCUUUACAAAGCAAUGUAAUUAAUCAAUACAUUCUGGGGCGUGCAAAGGAUGCCACCCAGCAAAAUAGGAGCUUUCCCAAGAACAGAGAAGGAGGCGCAGCCUCUCAAAGCGCAGGUGGAGCAUCAGCCUCCCCUCCCUGCUCAAUUAACCAGGCGCCCCCGCCCCUUGUAAAGACAGCUGUAGACACAGUCAGACAACACCUGCAUUUCUAUCCACUGAAUUAAAAACACACGAAAUGAAAUCCAAUCUUAAUGAAUUUUUACACGCAUGCUGCUCAGGGUAGAAUUCGGGGUUGCGUUUUGAAGUCUUUUAUUCAAAUCCCCAUCUUUGUUUCCCGGUCGAAGCGUCCCAGCGGCCCGUGGAAUGGCACGGGCGCCCCCUGGUGGCCGAUAUGCGGAUCUGCCGGCGCUGCAUCCCGACCCCCGACCCCCAACGCUGUGAGGCUGAAUCUAUCACUGGGGUUUUAGGCAGAAAUUGAAAAAUGCGACUGAGAUGUUUAUGUUAAAUUCACUGGGUGCUUUUUCAUGGCUUCUCAGCGCUUCCUGUGUGUACAUGGAGUACGUCGUUGCCACGCACAAGCUGUGAAGCGAGGCUGGGGGCUGCCUCUCGUGGUGGGAAGACACGAAUGUAAUAGGACUGGGGAGUGCUUUGCCUAGAAAUCCCGUAGGAGUGUAUGGGACAGCUUUGACCACACUCAUUCCUACGCCAGUGAAGGAUUGAAACUGAUCGAACUCAGAGAGCUUUUGCUGCAAGUCCUAGGAUGGCAGCCCUCAGGCCACAUAAGGGUGUGAAGGGUUGGGGAGGGUUGGGGAGAACUGAGGAGUGGGAUAGCACGAAUGGGCUACAACCACAACCGCAAUUACCUUCAACUUGUUUCGGAAGCGCCACCAACACAGCUGGACUCCGUUUUCAACAAUCUGAUUGUGAUCAUUGUGUGUUCCCCCUAUGUUACAUUGUCCCUCCGGGACAAACUCCUUACAGCCUGCUGAGAGUAAAAGGAGAUAAAUAGAUAACUGAAGCAUGAAGGAUUGAGGCUAGACAUAAAGAAGUAUUUCCUGUUGUUAAGCAGGAGGGACAAGUUGCCAAGAAAUUUUGUGAAAUCCUCUUCUCCAAAGGACUUGAAUAGUAAAAACGUUUUCCCAGUGGUCUUGGGUCUUAGAAGACAAGAUUCUCUCCAAAGCAGUGAGUCCUUGAAAUACACUAGCUCACCCUCAGCCAGCGAGAGAACUGUACUGUUGCGUCCUUUGCCACUGGCACAGUGUUCAGAGGUGGGGGGCAUCUGUGUCCCACGUCAGUGUUUACCUGAGGUCGAUCAGUUCUUUUCAUUUGAGUGAGUAGCUGGAACUCUGAAGAGGUGUUGACUUUUCAUAAUGUGUGCAUUGAGUUGUGUGGGCCAGUGGCUGUUGAGUAUGCUUUCCCCACAUUGUUGCUGGUGUUGUUUUUCAAUAAAAUUUAUAUUCAUUUUUAUCCAACAA